ACUGGCGUGGUGCGUACGACCAGCAACACCAACACUGCCACUAGAGCCAUUCGCAUAAUCAAAACACGCAAAUCGUACGCGAAAGUCAGGGCAAAUUUUCCGGCUAAUUAGAAAGAAAACUUAGUUUUUCUCGAUUCAAGUGGCAGCGGAACGAUGAACAGCAUCGGUGAGAAUUGUACCGAGUUGAAAAAGAAGUACGAUACCUGCUUCAAUCAGUGGUUUUCCGAGCGCUUUCUGAAGGGUGAUGCCGACGAUUCGGUGUGUGCGCCGCUGUUCCGGGUGUACCAGCAGUGCGUGAAGGACGCAAUGAAAGCACAGCAGAUCGAGUUCAAGGAAAUUGAAAGUGACUACCUGGGCUCCGAGAAGGAGCAAAAAGUUCCUCCGAAGAGCGGCGGUUCCAGCUGACCCUGAUCUGUGUCGCUCGGCAGCAUCACCACUGGCCAUUGAAAACCAGGAGCACACUACGACCGCAACUGACUGAACUGUGAACGAUGAUGGGAGAGACGUAUGACGUAUGAUGAAAUCAAAUCAAUUCCACACACAUUGAUGGUGGUGCUAGGCGCGAAUCGGAUGCGGGUGAUAUUAUAUGCACCGUUCGCAUGCAAUAGCUGAACUCGGAAGCCACGCUUUCCAACUAUAUUUUCAUGUUGUUCUUUUUUGAGUUUUCAUGAAAAUGAGGGAGAACGGUGCACUUCGGAGCCACUCUAUCUAGUCGAAAGUAAAAUGUUAUGAUAAUAAAAGUAAGUUUUAGUAAAUCAAAGCAAAUAAAAACAACUAAGUUAGGAGAAUAUCCACUGUGUCAUUUGGAGUUGUUCGACGGCUUUAAUCAGUUUUUAUGAUUAUGCUUAUUCUCUUGCUGUUGAGUACAAUUACUUAACUCCUUAGGAGUUACUAAUAAAUCAAUACAUAAUGAAACACAAUAAA